AUGAAGAAGGCAUUGGGUCUCAAAUCGCCGGGUUCGGGCUCCAAGAAGAGUCUUGGGUCCAGUGGGUCUGGGUCGGGACCUGGAAAGCCCAAGCGGGUUAUGACGGUGGGUGAGCUGAUGAGGAUCCAAAUGGGGAUUUCUGACGCUAUGGACUCUAGAGUCAGGAGAGCUCUGCUUGGGAUUUCUGCUGCUCAGUCACAUAUUCGUGUGCUUGAAACCACACAACAGAAUAUAGCCGCAUUGCUAAUGGGUCUUGAAUAUCUAAUAAACAUCUCAUAUAUGGAUGACACUGAAGUUUUUAAGAAUUCCUUGGUUUUGGAACUGUUUGAGUUGCAUCAUAAUUUGGAUAACCCUGCAGCAGCUGCAAAUAUGAUGGGGCUGCCGGAUGGGGAAACAUUGGACAAUGAGUUGGAGGUUGGUGAGGGAAUGAAGCUAGACAGGGGUUACAUAUCCCCUUAUUUCAUCACCAACCAGAACAAUCAGAAAUAUAACCUGUUGUUGCUGAUAUUGCUACACGGGAGGAGAAUAGAACAGCUUGGAAAAUGUGCAAGAAGGGAGAGCUAA